CCCUCCGACAAAUCCAUCCUCUCCACAUUCUCAGUCAAAAACUCCUUUCCCCGGACAAAUUUUCUCUCUCACGCAUAAACACGCACUUCUCUCUGAUUAUCACCGCCAAUGAGAAGGCAUGGACAUCGGUACCAUCAUCUUCUCAAGCAAUCGAAUGGAGGAGUUAAGGGGAUGUUUGGCAAGCUGGCAAUCGCGGCUGUUGUACUAGUCAUCUGUAUGGUGUCGCUUGUUUCCACUUUGAAGAGUUCGAGUUCUUCUCCUUCGCGAUCGGAGAUUAAUGUAGAUACUCUCUGGGAAAAUGCUCCCUCUGGUGGUUGGAGAGCAUCAUCUGCCCCACGUUCUGAUUGGCCCACUCCUCCUAAACAAACCAAUGGUUAUUUGCGUGUUAGGUGCAAUGGCGGUCUGAAUCAGCAAAGAAGUGCGAUUUGUAAUGCUGUUCUUGCUGCGCGGAUAAUGAAUGCUACUCUAGUGCUGCCAGAGUUGGAUGCAAACUCAUUUUGGCAUGAUGACAGUGGUUUCCAAGGAAUCUAUGAUGUUGAGCACUUCAUCAAGACAUUGAAGUAUGAUGUCAAUAUUGUGGAAAAAAUUCCUGAAAUCUCGAAAAAUGGGAAAAUGAGGAAGCUGAAAGCUUUUAAGCUUGAGCCUCCUCGAGAUGCUCCUAGCAGUUGGUAUACAUCCAAAGCGUUGGAGAAGAUGAAGGAACAUGGUGCUAUUUAUCUUACUCCAUUUUCCCAUCGUUUGGCAGAAGAAAUUGACAACCCUGAGUACCAAAGGUUGAGGUGCCGGGUUAACUAUCAUGCCCUUAGAUUUAAGCCGCAUAUUAUGGAAUUGAGCAAAUCAAUAGUAGACAGACUUCGUGCACAAGGUCACUUCAUGGCUAUUCAUCUUCGUUUUGAGAUGGAUAUGCUGGCAUUUGCUGGGUGCUAUGAUAUUUUUACACCUAAAGAACAAGAAAUUUUAAAGAAGUAUCGAAAGGAAAACUUUGCAGAGAAGAAACUUAUAUAUGAACAAAGAAGGGCUAUUGGUAAAUGUCCCCUGACACCAGAAGAGGUGGGUCUCAUCCUACGUGCAAUGGGGUUCAAUAAUACCACUAGAAUAUACAUUGCAUCUGGUGAACUUUUUGGUGGUGAACGAUUCAUGGGACCUUUCCAGUCCAUGUUCCCUCGCCUUGAGAAUCAUAGUACAAUAGACACUACUGGUGAGCUAGCUAAGAACACAAUGGGAUUGGUGGGUUCUGCUGUGGAUUACAUGGUCUGUCUACUUGCUGAUAUUUUUAUGCCAACAUAUGAUGGACCGAGCAACUUUGCCAAUAAUCUCAUGGGCCACCGACUCUACUAUAAUUUUCGCACUACAAUUUGGCCUGACCGAAAGGCUCUUACUCCUGUGUUCAUUGCUCGGGAAAAUGGGCAUACAGCAGGUUUUGAGGAAGCGAUUAGGCGUGUGAUGCUAAAUACUAACUUUGGUGGACCUCACAAGCGGAUAUCACCUGAGUCUUUCUAUACCAAUUCCUGGCCUGAAUGUUUCUGUCAAACACCGGCACAGAAUCCUGCGGAUGGAUGCCCGCCAAAAAAUAUUUCAGAUAUCUUGGAGAGUCGGUUGCAGGGUAGCGGAGUUACUGAUGAUGGAUUUGUCGGGUCAGAUGUGGCUUCUGUAACUGAUAAGUAGGAAUUUGAGUUUAACUAAAAGGAUUAUUCCACGAAAUUUUAAGUGAUGCAAACCUCCAAUGCCAAACUUGUGACAUGAUAGAUUGACAAACUUUACAGUUCACAUCGUCGUCCUUGUGUUACCAGUCUAGAGAUGAAAUUUUCAAGCAAUUGGAUUUCCGAUAGAGGGAGAGUUUUGAACAUAAGAGGUAUAAUUAGUAAUGCAUUUGAAGAACGUACAGUAGAUAUAAUCAGGUAUUGUAGCAAUUUAUUUGUUUAUAGUGCCAUUGUUUCUUCCCACAAAAAUUUACUGUACACAUUCUUAUUGCUUGAACAAAACCGGACGAGGCUAACUUGUUGCCGUUGCUUAAAAAGGUGUCUUACCUUUUCGGGGUAGCA